AUGGAGGAGGUACAUACUAUGAAGGAGACAAUGAAUACAACUAUGAUGGAGAUGGCUACGGUGGAGGCGGAGGUGGAUAUGGUGGUGGAGACUAUGGCGAGUGGAUGUGACCGUAGGGACACAAUAUGGUUUUUUUGGUUGACAUGGGUAAUGUAUUGGAGAGAUGAUGAAUCUUUGAAGACCGGAAGGAAUAAAGCUUUGAGCCUAAAGGACUUUAAAGCAAUAAAAAGAGAUAUGAAGAAGAGAAUAAUAUAA